AUGUCUGUUCGCCGCCCACAUCCGGUAUCCGCCGGUGGUGGACAAGGGGCUCCUCACAGUCUUGUUAUCCCUCCCUCGCUUAGAGACGCGUUCCCCCAGUGCACGUGCUGCCCCGUCUUUGCUGGCUUGGCGGUUUGGGCUUGGGAACAGGCGCUUUCGUCGCCCGUAGCCCGUGUGCCAGUGGCGAGUACAGAAGAGCGAGCCGAGCUCCGCCAUGGGCUCACGAAACAAAAGGCCGGCGGAAUCUCGAUCUCGUGGAAACAGUCCACCCGGGAAGAGAAACUGUCCACCAGGGCGAAGAAGUUCAUUUCAAGACAAGCGUCACUCACUCCUCAACAGUAUGCUGCUACGCGCAACCCCUGGUCAUGUCCAAGUCCUCCCGCUUCCAGGAGAAGCUCGGCUGCAAUCCCUACAGGACAACCAUCUGACCAGCACAGACCAAAUACGCAGCAGUCUGAGGAUGGAUCGCAAGACCCACUCACACCAGCUCAUAAUGCUCCGAUCAUGUCGCCACAAAGCAUUGGUAGUGGAGCAUCUACUCCAGCCCAUCAAGUUGCGCCCAUAGUACCAUCCAUGCUGUCACAUGGUGGAGACUCAGUGCCUGCUUCGUAUGUAGCUCGCAUGCAGCCCCAAGAAGCACCAACGGGUAUCCAAAGUAAACCCACAAUGGACGCUCUGAGAAAGAUGAGGGCAAGAAGAAUAGCCCUGGCAUCCACUCUCAAUGCUAACAGCAUGACAUUUCAUACUCCGGCUCCAGCUCCAGCUCUCGCUCCAGUUGCCAGCUCCGUAUCCAUCCAACUAGAAAACUUAGUUAAAGAGCUACUGAACGAAGUUGCACAACUCAAGAAGGAGCGACUUGCUAUGGCUAAACGCCUAGAUGCUUUGGAGCAGCUCAAGUCCCCCACUACACCUGAAACAAAUGGGCCACUGGAAACUACCGUCAAGGCACCCGAGCAUCUAAAGGCCGUCUUGGUUCGUCAGGACAAACUAGAGAAUGAAUUACAGAGCCUUUUAGACUCUCAGUCAACUGAAGCGGGGAUCAAGAGAAUUGUCGCUGAAGAAGUAUCUGCCAAGCUGGAGGGCACCAAACAAGUCAUAGAAACAGCCAACAAAGUCUCCAGAACAGUUUUAGAAAAGCGAAUCGAUCAUAAGACAAAAUCACUUUCGGACAAACACUCCGAACUUAUACGUCAUAUAAAUAAGCAUAUCGGGCCUACUAAAGAAGAGUACGAAAAAACAAAUAAGCCCAUUGUGGACAGAGUACGAGAAGUUGAGGUUGAUAUUAGAUCGCUUCAAAAAGGGUUCGAGGAAGCUGAUAGACGGACCCAGGAUCGCCUUCACAGAUUUUCAACCCAGAUCGGGCAGGUUAAGAAUGUUCAGAGCGAACAAUCAAAGCUUGCGACACGAGUAGACAAUUUGGAGAAAACUAUCCUCAAGCCGGGAACUUUGGUACAAAGUCUUCCAUCAUCUUUUCCGCCAACGGAGGCCGAGACCACGGCCACCACUGACGACUUGGUCAACUUUACCUCGUUACGAUUAUCGCACGUUGAAAAAUUGGUCAACGAGCUGCGCCUGGAUAAGCAGGCCAAUUCAGAGACACAUGUCGAGUCGAAUGAGAAGAUAGCUGCUGAUAUGGCCCAACUUCGUGAGCAUGUGGAGUUAGAAUUCACCAGACUACGCACAGAAGUCCAAUUGCGGCUAUCAGAUGGGGCAAAUCAAUCCUUCCAAGAUCGACUCGAGAGUUGGGAUGAAGUAAUAGAGAAUCUGGAACGUGACGCCUCUGAUAAAGGCCUUCGAAUAUCUGUUUUAGAAGACAGCGUCCCCAAACAAUUCUACGAUAAGUUUGAUCCACUUCAACAGAAAGUAGACCGGAUAGUCGCUCAGAUUGAAGAGAACCAAAUAGGGCAUACUGAGAUGGGCAAAGAAAGGCAAAAUCUUGAGCGCCUUGAGCAGUCAAUACUGGACGAGAAAGUGACACGAGAAAAAGCUGUUUGCGACCUUAGCAGCCGACUGGCCACCAAAGCCGAAUCGGAUGUGAGGCAAAUGGAUGCUUUUCGUCUCACCCUCCAAAACCUAUACGACCAGUACAAAAAUAUUACGUCCGAUGACGUACACCAGAAGAUGGUCCAUUGGUUCUUGCAGAUGCAUCCCUCGAACAGCGCUAGUAUGUUGCAGCAGUUUGCAGUUCUCAAGCGGGAUGUGUCACAUCUUCAGUCGCGCUCCAACGAGUUGCAAAACUUGUUGAACAAACAAUAUCCUUCCAAAAUCAUUCCAGAACAGUCCGACAGAAAUGAGAACCCGCGCAGUCUCGCAAAUGCUGUCGAUACUACUGCUGAGGAAACGUUGACGAGAGUCGAUGCGCUAAAGAAGCAGACUGACGCUUUGCAGAGUGGUUUGCAGGAUCUGCAACUUCGACUGCAUUAUGUAAAUGGAGCAGUGGCGACAUCUGCCAGCAAAUCAGCGCUGGACUCACUCAGUCAUUCCAUUCAGAUGAUUGAACAGCAGUUGCAAAGUUCCAAAGCUGAUACACAAUCAAUACAGCAUUUAGAAAAAGGACUCGCUAAGGUCAAGGAGAUAAUCGACGACAACGCAGUAUUUUUGCCCCAGCUCGGUGUCAUGUAUGUCGCUAUUGCCGAGCUGCAAGACCACCUCCAGAGCGUAAACAUCAAUACGUCGGCGAAGAAACCACUUGAACUAGACUGGACAUAUAAUCUGAAGAACGACAUGUUGGAGUCGCAUCAAUGA